AUGCCGUACUACACUGGCGCAAUCAAAGUCUAUCGUCAAGACUGCGCAUAUCACAAGCGCCUCCGCGCGACCGACAACUGGGACGCUGCCUCCCGGAUAUCGCGCCGCACAGGCUCCAUGCGACUCGGACGACCAAGCAGUAUCAUUUCGACUCGGACUGGUCGCAAUAGACGCGACAGCACAUCUACGCAACCUGCAGACGAACGCAUCAUGACCUGGCGGCAAGACCUCGCCCACGGCGGCUUCGAGUCCUCCCGCCGCAGCAUCGGCCGCAGCAUCUCCCCCCGAAAAAACAAGAGCCGCACGAGCAUAACCUCCACACGGCCUUCCGACUCGCCAGCUCUUGGCCCCAUGCCCACCCUCAGCACCACGCUCUCCGGCCCCAGCGGCACACCCAAAACAUCCUUCUCCAUCGACCGCUCUUCCACGAACCACAGCAACCCCGCCUCCGACUCUUCGACACCAUCAAAGCCAGCACGCUCUCCUGAGGUCAAAAGCCCACCCCAACAAACCCGUCAAAUUUCCAACUUUGACCCGAUCAAGUCCCACGACAAGCAGCUCAUGCCGACCCUCUCGAACCCGCUCUCGGUGUACAACGGGCAGAGCUGGGCGUUUUGGAACACUAAGAGCAAGGUCGCACAAGCGGAGCGCAACGGGUUUCUUGCGCCGCAAGGCAACGAGCGACCGGAGCUCAGGGGCAGGAAUAGUGUAGUCAGCCAGUUGAGUAGCGAGAUUAGUGCUGAGGAGGAGAAGUGUGCGAGUUGUGGGGGCACGGAGUUUAGGAUGAGGUGGAAGGGGACGGUGGGGCAUGAGGAGAAGGUGGCGGUUUGUACGAAGUGUAACAAGGUCGUGGAGUAG